CCUCUCUCUCUCUGCGCACAAUCUGCACAGAUCCCAUGCUUUUUAAACACAUGGCCACGGACUUUGCCACGACAUCCCAAAGUCAAAGUCUAUCCAUGUGUUCUACAACUCACCGACUGAACGGCAAAAGUUAUGUUCUUCACAACUAUGCCCUCUAGCUUUCCGAAGCAUCUCUAAACAGCCAAAUGAAAACAUGUUAAUAUUAUAAUGCUUUCGUCUGAAUACGGGAAAUCGAGGUAGAUGAUAGUAAAGAAGAGAUUAGCGUGAAAACAGAGAAUAAUACAAUGUCAUUCUGAAGGUAUGGAGCUCCAUAAUUACAUAGGACAUUUCUAUGUUUAAAAAACGUUAAAAAAAAGAAAAGGAAAAGUUUGGGAGAGUUUGAGGCAAAGUAUGGCGCGAGAGAAGAUUGGAGAAACCGAAGUGGUGAACGUGAAGAAACAGAGGAAAAAGACCAAGAAAGAGCACAAAACACGGACUGUUCAUUCUAACAUUUUAUAUGAUCGAACCAAAGGCGAGGACAACCCAAAUAGACACUAUUCAGACAAUGAGAUUAAAACCACAAAAUAUACUCUUCUCUCUUUUCUGCCGAAGAAUCUGUUCGAGCAGUUCCAUAGGUUUGCCAACGUAUACUUCGUGUUCAUCGCCCUGCUGAAUUUUGUUCCAGUUUGUAAUGCUUUCCAACCACAGCUGGCCCUGGCACCAGUGGUCUUCAUCUUGUCUGUCACUGCCAUCAAAGACCUUUGGGAGGAUUACAGAAGACACAGAUCCGAUAAAGAAAUCAACCACAUGGAUUGUUUGGUCUAUAGCAGGCCAGAGCACCAGUACAUGGAACGGUUCUGGAAGGAGGCGCGUGUUGGGGAUUUCAUUAGACUGCGCUGUAAUGAGAUCCUGCCUGCAGAUGUUCUACUCCUCAGUUCCAGCGACCCGGACCGCCUUGUCCACAUCGAGACAGCUACCCUGGAUGGAGAGACCAACCUCAAACAGAGACGGGUUGUCUGCAGCUUCCUAGACCUGGAUUGUGAUUUUGACCCGUCCAAAUACAACAGCGUCAUAGAAUGUGAGAAGCCUAACAAUGACCUGGCCAGGUUCCGUGGCUACAUUACCCAUCGCAGUGGAAGGAGAGAUGGCCUGUACAAAGACAACUUGCUGCUGAGGGGCUGUACCAUCCGCAAUACAGAGGAGUGUGUGGGGAUCGUCAUCUAUGCAGGUCAUGAGACUAAAGCCAUGCUGAACAACAAUGGCCCCCGCUACAAACGCAGUAAACUGGAGAAACAGAUGAACGUGGACGUGGGCUGGUGUGUCAUCAUCCUAUUGGUCAUGUGCCUGUUCUCUGCUAUCGGUCAUGGCUUGUGGAUGUAUCAGUACGGAGAUAAGAGACCCGUGUUUGAUGUCCUUAGUCCUGAAGGAGCCGAGCUGUCACCUGUCCUGUCUGCCAUCUAUCUCUUCCUCACCAUGAUCAUCGUCUUUCAGGUCCUGAUCCCCGUCUCGCUGUUCGUGUCCAUAGAGAUUGUGAAGAUCUGUCAGGUGUAUUUCAUCCAUCAGGACCAAGACCUGUACGAUGAGGAGACUGACUCUCAUCUGCAGUGUAGAGCUCUGAACAUCACCGAAGACCUUGGGCAGAUGCAGUACAUCUUCUCUGACAAGACCGGAACACUCACAGAGAACAAGAUGGUGUUCAGGAGAUGUACGGUGGCCGGGGUGGAGUAUAGUCAUGAUGCCAACGCGAGGCGUCUGGCCAUGUACCAGGACCUGGUGGACUCCGAGGAGGAGGACUGUACGUCCCACAGUGGCACCUUGCCCAGACGGGACAGCGUCACCAGCAACCAGAGUGCUGCCAAGGUGGUGCUGCGCUCCCAGAGCACCAAGUCCCACCGCAGGACUGGCAGCCGGGCCGAAGCCAAGAGGGCCAGCAUCCUGUCCAAACACACUGCAUUCAGCAGCCCCAUGGAGAAGGACAUCACGCCUGACCCUCAGCUCCUGGAGAAGGUCAACCACUGCAGCAGCCAGAUGACCUUCAAGAGGUUCCACAGCCAGUCCCUCUCUCAGCUGCCCUCUGACCUCACGGACAUCAUCGACUUCUUCAUCGCCCUCACCAUCUGUAACACAGUGGUGGUGUCAUCACCCAAUCAGCCCCGGCAGAAGGUGCGGAUGAGGUUUGGGCUAAAGUCCCCAGUGAAGACUAUCGAGGACUUCAUCAAGCGCUUUACCUCCAGCCGUCUCACCUCCAACUCCAACAGCAGCAGCUCUUCCAGCCUCAACCGCUCCUCCCACCGCGAUUGUUCCAGUGUCCUCUCCUCCCCCUCUGCCGAGAGCACCCUGACUAAAUUAGAUGAGGAGCAUCACCUUGGAGGUCCGGUGGGUUUGGAACAUGCCUUCUCCCCUGUCCCUCCUCACACUACCGAGGGAGAGCCCGGGGCCCUAGAGGAAGGAGAGCUCCGCUACGAGGCAGAGUCACCUGACGAGGCUGCCCUGGUGUAUGCGGCGCGUGCCUACAAGUGUUCUCUGGUUGGCCGGCUACCUGAUCAGGUGACGGUGGAGCUACCUGACCUGGGGAAGCUAAGCUUUGAGCUGCUCCACACUCUGGGGUUUGACUCCACCAGAAAGAGGAUGUCUGUGGUGGUGAGACACCCGCUAACAGAUCAGAUCACCGUCUACACUAAAGGAGCUGACUCUGUCAUCAUGGACCUCAUCACACUGCCAUCUACAGAUGAUUCCAAAGGGAAACGCCAAAGAAAGAUCCUAUACAAGACCCAGAAUUACCUGAACCUCUAUGCUGCUGAUGGUCUUCGUACUCUCUGCAUCGCUAAAAAGGUUAUGACUAAGGAGGAGUAUGCUGUCUGGUUGCGACAUCAUCUGGAGGCAGAGACGGCCAUACAGGGAAGAGAAGAGCUGCUGUUUCAGUCUGCUCUGAGACUGGAGAUUAACCUGCAUCUAUUAGGAGCAACGGGUGUAGAGGACCGUCUACAAGAUGGUGUCCCAGAGACCAUUGCGUCGCUGCGGAAGGCAGGGCUCCAGAUCUGGGUUCUGACGGGGGACAAACAGGAGACAGCCAUCAACAUCGCCUAUGCUUGCAAGCUGCUGGAACCGGACGACGAGAUCAUCACACUCAACGCUGACUCUCAGGAGGCGAUGGCAGUCCUUCUAGAUGAGAGUCUACACUACAUCCAGGCUAAGUUCCUGUCCUCGGAUCCUUCCAGAUCCUUUCAGAAAGACUACGCUCCAGCCUACUCCUUCCCCCCUCCUCCUCCUCCCUCCCCCUCCUCCUCCCAGACCCAGUCCUUCCUGGUGCACCGGCUGGGUUUGGUGAUUGACGGGCGGACGCUGGCCUACGCGCUGGACAGCAGCCUAGAUGAGAAGUUCCUGGCGGUGGCGAGGAGCUGUCGGUCAGUCCUCUGCUGUCGCUCCACACCGCUGCAGAAGAGUAUGGUGGUUAAACUGGUCCGGAACAAACUGAAGGUCAUGACACUGGCCAUAGGUGAUGGGGCUAAUGAUGUCAGCAUGAUUCAGGUGGCUGAUGUGGGCGUGGGCAUCUCAGGACAAGAGGGCAUGCAGGCUGUGAUGGCUAGCGACUUUGCCCUACCACGUUUCCGGAACCUUCAGAAGCUCCUGCUGGUCCAUGGUCACUGGUGUUACUCCAGACUGGCCAACAUGAUACUGUACUUCUUCUACAAGAACGCUAUGUUCGUAGCGCUGAUCUUCUGGUACCAGUUCUACUGUGGUUUCUCUGGGUCAGCCAUGAUAGACCAGUGGUAUCUGAUCUUCUUCAACCUCAUGUUCUCUGCCUUCCCUCAACUCAUCACCGGGACCCUGGAUAAAGAUGUAUCCUCAGAGACCCUCCAAGAACUGCCUCAGCUCUACAUGAACGGACAGAACUCAGAGGAAUACAAGCCAUAUAUGUUCUGGAUGACCAUGAUAGAUGCCUUCUACCAAAGCCUGGUCUGCUUCUUUAUACCCUACUGUGCCUAUGCUGACUCUGAUGUGGACUUGUUGACCUGGGGAACCCCCAUCACCACCCUGGCUCUGUUUACUAUACUGAUACACCUGGGCUUGGAGACCAAGACCUGGACGUGGAUGAACUGGGUGUCCAUCACCUUCAGUGUGGGUCUGUUCUUUACUGUGGCUCUGUGUUACAACGCUUCCUGUCCCACAUGCUACUCCCCCUCCAACCCUUACUGGACCAUGCAGAGACUGUUGGGGGAACCGCUCUUCUACCUACUCUGUGUCAUCACUCCUGUAGCCGCCCUGCUGCCCAGAUACUUCUACAGGGCGUGUCAGAGCUCUCUGUUCCCCACUCCAGUCCAGGUCGGCAGGCAGCUGGACAAACUUCCCAGUGACACCCGUAGAAACAUCCUCAGUCUCAGCCGAGUCCAGGCCGGGUCACUUCUGCAUCUCAGACCGCCUUUCCUGUCUUCACUUUCCUUCACUGGACCCUUGACUAAAGACUGCAGCCACAGGGCCACUUCCACCCAGAACCAGUACAGCUUCACCAGGGGCUCGGCCAAGAGUUCUGAGGGCCGUCUGGACCUGUCCUUACGGGGGGAUGAGGCUGGGAAGGAUCAGGGUAAGGGCUGGGGCUCUGGCAGUCCUGGAGACAGUCAGAGGAGGCUUGAAGAUGAUGAUCAGUACACACUGGCCUCCACAGAGACUGAUACUCUGCCUUAUACCAAAGCCAAAGAAGCUCCUCGGCCUGAGGCAGGGUGUAUGGCUGGAACAGGGGCUGGGAGUAUGGCUGGAACAGGGGCUGGGAGUAUGGCUGGAACAGGGGCUAGGAGUAUGGCUGGAGCCGGGAGUAUGGCUGGAGCAGGGGCUGGGAGUAUGGCUGGAGCAGGGGCCGGGCCUGAUUACCUUCAGGCUCCUCUCACCCAGGACAAUGACUGUCAGGACAUUACUCUUCUUGAUCCCUCGGACCUAAAUCUGUCCAGCUUUAUCACCUCCACACCUCUUCUGACCACAACCCAGUCAGAGACCAUCCAACUGACUCUGCCCCCUGCUGGUGGUUCCCAGUCUGCAGCCUACAGACGGAACUAUGAGAACCAUGACACUACGCCACACAGACCACCUGACCACAGGCUCCUCCCUCCUACAGACAGACCAGAACACCCCCAGGCCAUGCCCACCUGUCCUAAAGAAAACGUGUGGCUCCAAACCACCUCUCUAUGAUGUAUUAUAGCCUUAAUAUCUAUGUAUUGUUCUUCUCAGAUUUACAUGAUAGCUCUAUUGAAUUCUAUUUUUCAAGAGGAUUUAUUUUAUCAAAGUUAUUAUCAUCAUUAUUCAUGUACAUUUAGAUGUUUUUUGUUAUAGGUCCAAUAGCAGCCGCUUUCAUCUCCAUAUCAAAUCAUUUCUGGGUAACAAUUAACUACCGUAACUGAUUGUUUUCAAUUAAAAGGGUCAAAAAGAAACAUAUCAAUUUCUCAAGCAAGAAUUUAGCUAGGACUGUCUGGGAGUGGUUUGAGUGGGGAGGGGAAAACUGAAAACUAGAACUCUUUCUUAUUGGUCUGUUAACUAAUUUACCGCAUGGUGAUGUCACCAGGCAGGUCAAAACGACAUCCCACCAAAACAGGCGGAAAUUUGAGGCGGUCUUUUCAAACAGCUUUUACACUAACAGGACAUAAACAUACUUUUCAACAUUCCACAGUGUUAUUCCAAUAUCAUAGUAUGGAAAUAUACACUCACCAGACAGUUUAUUAGGUACACCCAUUUAGUACCGAGUCGGACCCCCCUUUGCCUCCAGAACAGCCUGAAUUCUUUGUGGGCAUGGAUUCUAAAAGGUGUUGGAAACAUUCCACAGGGAUGUUGGCCCAUGCUGAGAUGAUGGCAUCGCAUAGUUGCUGCUGAUUGGACGACGGUACGUUCAUGCUACCAGCGGCCUGUUCCUUCUCAUCCCAAAGAUACUCUAUUGGGUUUGGACAGCAACAAUGUUCACAUGCUGUGGCGUUCAAUCCUUGCUCAAUUGGUAUCAAGGGACCUAAAUGUGUGCAAGCAAAACAUUCCCCACAGCGCCAUCUUGUACCAUUGAGACCAGGCAGGAUGCUGACUCUGCCAUGAGCAUGACGCUACAGAAAUCGUCUUUCGACGGACCAGGCGAUGUUUCCACUCCUCAAAUUGUCCAGUGUUGUUGAUCGCUUGCCCACUGGAACCUCUUCCUCUUGUUCCUCCUGAUGGGAGUAGAACCCGGUGUUGCAAUAGAACCAUCCGUGACAAAGACCGACGAGUUGUGCGUUUCCGAGAUGCUGUUCUGCACACCACUGUUGUACUGUGUCGUUAAUUGUCUGUUUGUGGCCCGCCUGUUAGCUUGUACGGUUCUUCUUCGACCUCUCAUCAAUGAGCUGUUUUCACCCACAGGACUGGAUGUCUGACUGGAUGUUUUUGUUUGUCGCACCAUUCUUGGUAAACCCUAGACACUGUCAUGUGUGAAAAGCCCAGGAGGGCAGCCGUUUCUGAGAUACUGGAUCCGGCGUGCCUGGCACUGACGAUCAUAUCACGCUCAUAGUCUCUUAGGUCGUUUAGCCCAUUCUGACGUAAAAUGCUGCCCGUGUGUCUGCUGCCCGUGUGUCUGCUGCUGUUGUGUCUGCUGCUGUUGUGUCUGCUGCUGUUGUGUCUGCUUCCGUUGUGUCUGCUGCCGUUGUGUCUGCUGCCGUUGUGUCUGCUGCCCGUGUGUCUGCUGCCAUUGUGUCUGCUGCCAUUGUGUCUGCUGCCCGUAUGUCUGCUGCUGUUGUGUCUGCUGCUGUUGUGUCUGCUGCUGUUGUGUCUGCUGCCCGUAUGUCUGCUGCUGUUGUGUCUGCUGCCCGUGUGUCUGCUGCUGUUGUGUCUGCUGCUGUUGUGUCUGCUGCCCGUGUGUCUGCUGCUGUUGUGUCUGCUGCUGUUGUGUCUGCUGCCCGUGUGUCUGCUGCCCGUGUGUCUGCUGCCCGUGUGUCUGCUGCCCGUGUGUCUGCUGCCCGUGUGUCUGCUGCCCGUGUGUCUGCUGCCCGUGUGUCUGCUGCCCGUGUGUCUGCUGCCCGUGUGUCUGCUGCCCGUGUGUCUGCUGCCCGUGUAUCUGCUGCCCGUGUGUCUGCUGCCCGUGUGUCUGCUGCUGUUAUGUCUGCUGCUGUUGUGUCUGCUGCUGUUGUGUCUGCUGCUGUUGUGUCUGCUGCCCGUGUGUCUGCUGCUGUUGUGUCUGCUGCUGUUGUGUCUGCUGCCGUUGUGUCUGCUGCCGUUGUGUCUGCUGCCGUUGUGUCUGCUGCUGUUGUGUCUGCUGCCGUUGUCUGCUGCUGUUGUGUCUGCUGCCGUUGUGUCUGCUGCCGUUGUGUCUGCUGCCGUUGUGUCUGCUGCCGUUGUCUGCUGCCGUUGUGUCUGCUGCCGUUGUGUCUGCUGCCCGUUGUGUCUGCUGCCCGUUGUGUCUGCUGCUGUUGUGUCUGCUGCUGUUGUGUCUGCUGCUGUUGUGUCUGCUGCUGUUGUGUCUGCUGCUGUUGUGUCUGCUGCUGUUGUGUCUGCUGCUGUUGUGUCUGCUGCCGUUGUGUCUGCUGCCGUUGUGUCUGCUGCCGUUGUGUCUGCUGCCGUUGUGUCUGCUGCCCGUAUGUCUGCUGCUGUUGUGUCUGCUGCCCGUAUGUCUGCUGCCCGUAUGUCUGCUGCCGUUGUGUCUGCUGCCGUUGUGUCUGCUGCCGUUGUGUCUGCUGCCGUUGUGUCUGCUGCCGUUGUGUCUGCUGCCGUUGUGUCUGCUGCCGUUGUGUCUGCUGCCGUUGUGUCUGCUGCCGUUGUGUCUGCUGCCGUUGUGUCUGCUGCCGUUGUGUCUGCUGCCGUUGUGUCUGCUGCCGUUGUGUCUGCUGCCGUUGUCUGCUGCCGUUGUGCCUGCUGCCGUUGUGAUCCACUUUUGUGAACAUGGUGUUGUACCUAUUAAACUGGCUGGUAAAACACAGGAACAUCACGUUUUUGACUACACUGGGCCUUUAUAUAAAAAUACAAAACAUUCAGAGUAGAGUUUAUACAACUGGACUUUCUGUGUGUAUUAUCAUUUUGGAAGAAAGCUGUCCGUUAUGUGAAUACUGGAGGGGUUUGUUUGAAACCAGAGAGCAAGACCACAGGCUUUCUGUUAUCAGUGUGUUUGGAAUGAUUUCUUCUCUCUGAUAGGAGGGGAAGCACAGAGCUACUCUUCUGCUUCGUAUCCAUUCCCUCAGCUAUGUAACCUAUUGACUGUGUACCAAAGUGGCGUUGCUCUUCAAUGUUAUUAAUAAGAAUAAUUAGAUGGGGGUUUAUUUCUUCUAUUUCACACAUGUACAAGACUGUAUUAUUACACAUGUGAAUUGGAAAUGUAUUUUUUGCACAUCCCAACUCCCCCUGAGACACAGCCUCAGAGUGUGGUCAAGGCCUGGGAUAUCAGCCAUUAAUGAUGGUGACCCUGGACAACUCCCCCUGAGACACAGCCUCAGAGUGUGGUCAAGGCCUGGGAUAUCAGCCAUUAAUGAUGGUGACCCUGGACAACUCCCCCUGAGAUACAGCCUCAGAGUGUGGUCAAGGCCUGGGAUAUCAGCCAUUAAUGAUGGUGACCCGUGACAACUCCCCCUGAGACACAGCCUCAGAGUGUGGUCAAGGCCUGGGAUAUCAGCCAUUAAUGAUGGUGACCCGUGACAACUCCCCCUGAGACACAGCCUCAGAGUGUGGUCAAGGCCUGGGAUAUCAGCCAUUAAUGAUGGUGACCCUGGACAACUCCCCCUGAGACACAGCCUCGGAGAGUGUGGUCAAGGCCUGGGAUAUCAGCCAUUAAUGAUGGUGACCCUGGACAACUCCCCCUGAGACACAGCCUCAGAGUGUGGUCAAGGCCUGGGAUAUCAGCCAUUAAUGAUGGUGACCCUGGACAACUCCCCCUGAGACACAGCCUCAGAGUGUGGUCAAGGCCUGGGAUAUCAGCCAUUAAUGAUGGUGACCCUGGACAACUCCCCCUGAGACACAGCCUCAGAGUGUGGUCAAGGCCUGGGAUAUCAGCCAUUAAUGAUGGUGACCCUGGACAACUCCCCCUGAGACACAGCCUCAGAGUGUGGUCAAGGCCUGGGAUAUCAGCCAUUAAUGAUGGUGACCCUGGACAACUCCCCCUGAGACACAGCCUCAGAGUGUGGUCAAGGCCUGGGAUAUCAGCCAUUAAUGAUGGUGACCCUGGACAACUCCCCCUGAGACACAGCCUCGGAGAGUGUGGUCAAGGCCUGGGAUAUCAGCCAUUAAUGAUGGUGACCCUGGACAACUCCCCCUGAGACACAGCCUCGGAGAGUGUGGUCAAGGCCUGGGAUAUCAGCCAUUAAUGAUGGUGACCCUGGACAACUCCCCCUGAGACACAGCCUCAGAGUGUGGUCAAGGCCUGGGAUAUCAGCCAUUAAUGAUGGCGACCCUGGACAACUCUGGAUAACAAUUCGAGCCAGCGACCUUACUGGCCCAACACUCUUAACCGCUAGGGUUCCUGCCUUUCAGUGUUCCUCCUUAAUGUACUGUGAGCAGGACUUGAUGCAGGGCUUGAUGCAGGGCUUGAUGCAGGGCUUGAUGCAGGGCUUGAUGCAGAACUUGAUGCAGGGCUUGAUGCAGAACUUGAUGCAGGGCUUGAUGCAGGGCUUGAUGCAGGGCUUGAUGCAGGGCUUGAUGCAGGGCUUGAUGCAGGGCUUGAUGCAGGGCUUCAUGCAGGGCUUGAUGCAGAACUUGAUGCAGGGCUUGAUGCAGGGCUUGAUGCAGAACUUGAUGCAGGGCAUGAUGCAGCCAAUGCUACCUGCUUGUUUAGAAGUCUGCUUUUCAGAAGCAAUGUGCCUUUAACAGUAUGCUUGAAAAUAAAUACACGUGACUCUGGAUGAAAACAUAAUGAUGUGUGUUUCCAACAUUAGGGCUGUUUUCCUAAAGAAGUUAGAUUUAGUUCCGUGUUUUGCUUCCUUGCUUGUGUCUUCCCGGCCCUAUGAGUUACCUGUUAUUGUGUCCCAAAUGGCACCCUAUUCUCUGUAUAGUGACCUAUAUUUGACCAGGACUCAUUGGGAAUAGGGUACCAUUGAGAACUAAAAGUUACUUAGUUAGAGCUAUUGAGAUUAUCGCUGCAAAAGUGGAUGCUAGUUUUCCUACACUAACCUCAAUGUAAUCAACUGUCACAUUCCAAUAUGCAGAGAACUCUGUAACAAGUCGUAAAAUACACCAAGAAGUGGAUUUUGAACUAUUUUUUAAUGAUGGUUACCUUUUCACAGUUGAUGUAAAAUGGGUAAUUCUGUAUGACAUUCUUACAACAACAAAAUGUUCCUAUGCUGUUUAUCUUGUUGUAGAGUAUUGAAACGGAAGAGUUAAUUGCAACCAUACCAAAGCCAAAUCUUUUUUUUAACUCAACGUUAUUAUAUUAUUCAGUUUAGAUGAAGUUAAACCAUCUCAAAAGUGUUGUCAGUGUCCAUAUUGUGAUGCUCUCUUUAAGCCAAAUCCACGUAAAGGAAGUGCUUGUUCCUGAAUUGCAGGGAUGUUUUACGCAGUCUAUGGUUUUCUUGAUGUUUUUAAAACGACUGUUUGCUGCCUUUGUCUUUUCAUAAAUCAUACCAGCCUUUAUAAAAUGUUCCUUUAUGUGCCAGGAAGUGUGCCUUAACACUGGAUGAAUUAAAUAUAUUUCUUCAUA